AAACCCCACGCUCAUUUCUCUCGCCAGUCGCGUGUUGCCACAGACGCCCCCACCCCCUUCGCCUCCCCCCCUCGUUACGGAAACGACCGCAGCGCGUUUGCAAGGUGCAAGGUCGCGGUUUAUAACUGUGCAGUGUCAAAAGCGAGCAUUAAAGGCAGGGGACAGCAACGCAAAUGGUUUACAUCAGGGCUCAACGAGCAGUCAGAGGCAUUGACAUUGCACCCCUCUUCUCCUGUUUACUGACAUAGCAAGAGAGAUCUGUAUGGUCGCGCAGCAGCAGCAGCAGUCGCAGCAGCAGCAACAUCAGCAGCAGCAGCAGCAACAGCAGCAGCGGCAGCAGCAACAGCAGCAGCGGCAGCAGCAGCAGCAUGGUUCGAGAAACCAGACAUUUAUGGGUGGGAAAUUUACCCGAAAAUGUGCGAGAGGAGAAAAUCAUCGAGCACUUUAAGCGAUAUGGACGUGUGGAGAGUGUCAAAGUCCUACCUAAACGGGGUUCAGAGGGUGGAGUUGCGGCAUUUGUGGAUUUUGUGGACAUCAAAAGUGCUCAGAAGGCUCACAAUGCGCUCAACAAGAUGGGCGACAGAGACCUGCGCACCGAUUACAAUGAACCGGGCACCAUUCCCAGUGCCGCGCGGGGACUGGACGAUAGUCUAUCCUUGGGCUCUCGUGGCCGGGAUGUAUCAGGGUUCACGCGGGCGGCAGGGAGUGGUGUGUAUGGCGCCCCCACAUCGCUCCACAGCAGAGAUGGACGCUAUGAACGGAGACUAGACGGGACCGCUGAGAGUCGUGAGCGUCCGUACGACCACGGCGCUUAUGGUCACCACGAACGGCAAGGAAGCAGCUUUGAACGCCAACGGCACUAUGACACGGACUAUUAUUCGAGAGAAAGAACUCUUAGCUCAUCUGGGAACGCUUCCGGCACGUCCAUGGGAAGCGGUACCGCUUUGCCCGCCGGAGUCGGCGGCAUCGUUAACGCUGUCGCCGGCAACCCCGGAACAAGCGGGGCGGCAGGGGCCGCCGCAGGGGGGAGUGCAGGCUCCACAUCCAGCGGGGUUAGCUUCUACCGCUCCCACAGCAGGAGUCCGUGUCGCUUUGAGACGCCGGAGCCUCGUUACGAAUCUCGGACCAGGGAGGCCUUUACGUUGGCCAGCGUGGUUCACAGGGACCUUUACAGAGAGGAGCGGGCCCGGCACAGCGAGCGGUCCUUUCAACGCAGUCGCAGCCGCUCUCCGCAUUCGGCGCAUUCGCCAAAUCCUUCUCCUCAGAGGCUGGCAAGCCAGGCCGCUCGACCUCCACGCUCCCACAGCGUCUCGGGCUCGCGCAGCCGCUCCUCCAGUUCAGACUCGGUCAGCAGCACCAGCAGCAGCACGAGUGGCAGCGAUUCCAGCAGUAGUUCAAGUGAUGAGUCGCCGACUCGCUCCGUGCAGUCAGCUGCUGUUCCAGCACCAUCAGCACUUCCGUUGUCAUCCCUCGACAAGGAGGAACCACGUAAAAGCUUCGGCAUCAAGGUCCAAAAUCUUCCUGUACGCUCUACAGAUACAAGUCUUAAAGACGGUUUGUUUCAUGAGUUUAAAAAACAUGGAAAAGUCACAUCUGUACAAAUUCACGGAGCUUCAGAGGAGCGCUAUGGACUUGUCUUUUUCCGGCAGCAAGAAGACCAAGAAAAAGCUCUGGGAGCGUCAAAGGGGAAGCUUUUUUUUGGAAUGCAAAUUGAUGUCACUGCCUGGAACGGUCCUGAGACCGAAAGUGAGAAUGAAUUCCGGCCCUUGGACGAAAGGAUAGACGAGUUUCAUCCCAAGGCUACGAGGACAUUAUUCAUUGGGAACUUGGAAAAGACGACCACAUAUCAUGAUCUUCUCAGCAUCUUUCAACGCUUUGGAGAGAUUGUUGAUAUCGACAUCAAGAAAGUGAACGGAGCCCCACAAUAUGCCUUUCUGCAAUACUGUGACAUUGCAAGUGUGUGCAAAGCCAUAAAGAAGAUGGAUGGGGAGUACCUUGGAAACAACAGACUUAAACUGGGCUUCGGAAAGAGUAUGCCUACAACUUGUGUUUGGCUGGAUGGACUAGCAUCAAACACAACGGAACAGUUUCUUACCCGACACUUCUGCCGCUACGGACAUGUUGUCAAGGUUGUAUUUGACAGAAUGAAAGGAAUGGCCCUUAUCUUGUACAACAACAUUGAAUAUGCUCAGGCCGCGGUAAAGGACACAAAGGGAUGGAAGAUAGGGGGCUCGAAAAUAAAGGUGGACUUUGCCAAUCAGGAGAGUCAAAUGGCUUUCUAUCGUUCAAUGCAAGCAUCUGGACAGGAUAUUCGAGAUUUCUAUGACAUUCUAUCUGAAAGAAGGGAUGAUCGACGUUCCCAAUACGAGUUUCAAGUGGAGAGACAGUAUUAUGAAAACGUACGCACGCCAGGAACGUAUACGGAAGAUCCUCGGCGUAAAUACUCAAGCAGAAGUCGUGAGUUCUACGCCGAAUGGGAUCCGUAUCAAGGAGAUUACUACGAAACACCGUACUACGAAGACACCCGGGAAUAUCGAGAAUACCGAGCCGAUCCUUACGAGCAGGAUAUUCGGAAAUACAGUUAUUUGCAACGGGAACGCGAGAGGGAGCGCUUUGAGACGGAUCGCGGACGUGACCAUGGGAGGAGAACCGUUGAGCAAAGCCAAAGCCCAAGUCUGGUUGCCUCACGUCACCCUCCGACCCCCAUAGCAUCCGCUUCCAUCUCCGAAAGGAUAGCGAGUGACUCCGACCGGCGAAUAUGUUGCCCGUCUUCUGAAAGAAGUGGCAGCUGCAGUUCAGUUUCCCCUCCCAGAUUUGAAAAACUGCGCCCGGAACGGUAUAAUAAAACCAAUAAAUUUGACAAGGGUGUUUGUGAAAUCGAAAAGCUCCAUUUGGUCGAAAAGGAGAAGCGGGCCGGACGUAACGAUCGCGGCGAUAAGGAUAAAAUUGAGAGACAGCGACUUAAGAAGCUCAAAGUAUCUUCACCAAUCAGCCAAACAUGUAACGCUGAGCCAGCACCUGAUCGAGACAUCAGCCCAGAGUCUUCCCUUCAAAGUAAAAACGGGAAAAUCCUGAAAGAUAACUCCAAUCGAGGAAAGUUGGAUCUUCUGCCCUGUGUGGUGCAGUUAACGCGUGUGAAAGAAGAGGAAGGAAAACUGAUUGCGCAUGAAAAACAAAUAGCAAGGGGUGGGAAUGACAGUCCUAGACUGGUAUCACCUUCAGCAGACCAAAGUCCUCUGUUCCGCACAGAGUCAUCAAAAGGAAAGGCCUCCAGAGAUAAAAACAUGCAUCAUUUAGUGGAACAUAUUGAUAUGGAUAUCAAAGUGAAGUCCAAAAAACAUGGCAAAUCUGAAAUAGGUUUCGAUAGUGGCGUCUCAAUGGAUUUUGAUCGCUUGGCCGCAAGAAAAAGGCGUUUUGAAGACUGUGGCAAAAAUGAUCAUCAGAGGAGAAUGAGCGAAGACAAUCUUGGUAGAUCUAUUCUUCAUAAGCCUUGGAAUACGAAGGACUCGGAGUUCCAUAAGAAUGUUUUCAUCAAAAAUGUGCCAAAAAGGGAGCAUAACAAAGAUAAACCUGUGCGGAUAUUUUCACUUAACAGUCCAAACCAGGGCCAGGACUCGGAAAGCAACUCCGUAAGCCUUCCCCUUCAGCUGACGUCCCAGCAAGCACUGCCAGAUGAAUCUUCAGAGCAAUUAGACUCUUCCUUGCUCAAGCCAACAUUAGCGGCGGGCUCAAAAAGUGAAAAUCGCUCCAAUCUCACAAAGACAUCAAGCGAUGGCAGCCUUGAUUUUGAAAAUGAAAUCAAAGAACAGAGAGACGUUUUAUGUGACAAGGACCAAAGUAGAGAGACAGAAGAUGAGGAACCCUUUGUGCGCUUUGUCCAGACAAAUACCUUUACAAAACACAAAAGUGAACCGAGUCGAUGGUUGCGAGGCAAACUUAGCGAUCUUGAUAAGUGUGAGAACUCACCUCGCGAUGACACUCAAGACUCGGGAAUGGAUUUUGCCUUGCAUGACGUUAAAAAACCAAACCAGGACAUAAACAAUGAUGACUUCUCUUUAUGUAAAAGAAACAAAAUGGAGAUCAACUCUAAAAGAGAGCCAAAGUUUGUAACUUGUCAAAAAUUGAACGAUGCUGUUUUUCACCCUCUAACACCCUCAACAGUUUCUUUAAAGGAAGAGGAAAGCGCCCAUAUUUCCACGUCAGUCGUAAACACGCUAACAAAAUCACCUCUGGCAAAAGAACGUUUUCCACACGCACAGUCAUUGAAAAGUAAUACGGACCUGAAAGCCAGACAUUUGCAAACACCUGAAAGUGGGCAGGAAAAGCUCAAGCCGUCGUUUCUCGUAGGCAAUGAGGAAUUUACCUGCAGUUGGCUAGGAAGGCUUUCCUCUGAUUCUCCAAAAAUGGAAUUGACUUUCCAACGUGAAAGUAAAUGUCAAGGCCAGGAUUUGGAACCAGGAGAAGUACAAUCUGAUUCUGAUGAUGAUGGCGAAAGAAAAGACAUCUCUCACAAGCCCAGUAGCUCCUUGUCUUAUAUCCUGCGGGAACAUGACGAGAGGAUGACGGAUCUGAAACUCGCUGGCUCAUUGGAAAAGAAUAAAUUUUACUCAUUCGCUCUCGACAAAACCAUAACCCCCGAUACGAAAGCACUUCUCGAAAGAGCCAAGACGCUUUACUCUUCCCGGGAAGACAACUGGUCCUUUCUUCCUUCUUGCUUCCCGAGCACACACAGCUGCACAGAUAAAAACAAGGUCGAACUGGCCCCCCGACCAAUUCCUUCUUGGUAUAUGAAGAAGAAGAAGAUUCGCACCAACUCUGCUGAAAAUCUGCACAGUAAAAAAGAGGAUCUUAAACCUCACGACCAAGAACGUCAGGAACUGUUUGCCUCCCGUUUCCUUCAUAGCUCAAUCUUUGAACAGGAUUCUCGCCGUUUGCAGCACCUGGAACGUAAAGACCAGCAUUCUGAAAUAGCAGUUGACCGAAAUCUCGCUCAGCCAAGUGAUCCAGAAGGACAGACGGAAUGUGAAGAUGGGGAUGUCCCGACAGAGCCCAUCGUGCUUUUCCACAGUCGUUUUUUGGAGCUACAGCAACAAAAAGACAAAGACAUUUGUUCACUUGAUCCUGAGAUGGAUUCAGUUGUGGUGGAGAUAAAACAUAAUUACGUGCCGGGUUGUGACGAUGAGCUGUCUGACGAAAUGGCUACCACACGAUUGAAGGUUGAUGAAAAAUCAGGCGGCCCCCAUCCGACCAUAUCUGCUACCUCAGUCGCUCCAUGCCUAAAAGAAAUGUCGUCACCCGAAAGAGAAAAUGUUUUAUCACUGCCCAUAGAUAAACGCGUGUCGACUAAACAAGGCGACGGUGUGGAGACAUAUGGUGAGGUCUCUCCCUCGCCUCCUCUUUUGAAAGACCUGAAACCUACAACCCCUAAACCAAAUAAAAGCCCUCCACCUCUCCCCUCAGAGGUAGAAAAUGAAGUGGAAGCAAAAAUAGUGGUUCAUGAGCCCAAAGCAGAAAUGGAUGACAAUUUACCAUUGGAGCACAAGUGUCCCGUGGAAGACCAGGCCCCGACGCCAUCGAGUUCUGGGCUUAGUUUUGAACAGGAGAAUACAGAGCUCACAUGCUCCGAAUACACAAAGGUAAAAGAUGAACGUGACUGCAAGGCACAAGUUCAGAAAAUACAGCAUUCGGAGGAUUCAAAGAGACCAGAGAUAGUCCAUGAAAUAUGUAUGCCGGAGCUACAAGUUGAAAAUAAGCCAGUACCUAACCGAAGGCAACCGAAGAAUAAAAAAACAAAGCCGCACGCUGUAUUACGUGCUUCGCAGGCUACGAAAAAUGCGAAAGAUAAACCCGCGACACGGAAAAGUGAGCGUAUUGAUAAAGAAAAACUCAAAAGGGGCUCAUCACCGCCAGCGCAAGCGCUAAAAGAAUCGUCGGAGUGCGCAAUGGAGUCAAAGCCCCCGAUUCAUGCAUCAAAUUCGGAACAGGACCUUGAGUCUGGUUUGGUUCAUCGCAGAACACGUCGAAGGAACGUCCGAUCAGUCUACGCCACCAAACGUGAAGGAGAGCAGUCUAGCGAAGAGCCGGUGGAGCCGUCACGAACAAUGCGCAAACGUGCUACAGAUAAAGAACUCAUUCAGCAAGUUGUUCAAAUCCCAUCGACCAACCCCAGACGAGGGCGCCCGCCAAAACGAGGUAUCAAACGAGUUGAUCAUGUAUUGCCGGCAAAAGGGGACGUUCAGAAAACAAUGGAUGUUAACUCCGAGGUCGGAGAUACCUCAACCCCAGUGGAAGUUAUCAAAUCAUCUGAGGAAUGGCGCUCGGCUAGUAAGGUGCAGCAAAAACCUCCGACUGUCUCACCACCAGCGGACAAAAAAGGAAGCCAACUCGACAAACAGUCUGAGGACGCUCGAGUUCAAUUUGAACUCAUUGACAUGGCAAGUUGUGAUGAAUCAGAGCUCAAAUCCAACGCUGAUUCAAAGUUAUCAGACACAAACUCGCAGAUACACCGAAAGGAACAAGGCACCGCGCUUCCAUCGACUGAUGGGGAUUUGGAGAACCUAGGUGUAACUCUUCCAAAGAGCAAAGUGGCUGAAGAGAGUGUCAAAAUGAAAAAACAAAGGUUCAAGCGAAACACCAAGAAUUUCACUGAAGAUAAGUCCCACACCUUGAGGAAUCUUGAAAUCCGUGUAAGUGUCGACGAUGUAAAAGGUUUGCUUCGGUCUGAAAGAAAUGACCCGGAGUCAUUUCCAGUCGGCGUAAAGAAAACCAAGACUCUAGUUAGGGCGGAAGAAUCAAUCUCAAUAUGCCCUCCCAAAGAAUCAAAGGCACUUGAUGUGAAAAAUGAAGAUGUUGGAUCUGAGCCACAGCUUCCUGUGCACCCGGCUGCGGUUCUUCUCGCACAUCAAAUGGAACUCGAGCAGGCAGUUGAACAUAUCGCCAAACUUACAGAGCAACAUCCUCGGUCGUAUAAGGAGCCACCCACAGGCCAAGCGCCCACAUUACCUCCUGUCGCGUCACACUCGCAAACUGAGGUCGAAGAGGAAAAGCGGGCGAACCCAUCGAGUGAAACGGAACUUGCAGCUGCUAUUGAUUCCAUCACAGCUGAAGAUGCGUGCGCAGAUCCAGAAGGAUUCACUGCUCCUCCCGCUUUCGGUGCUCUGAUUCCCACUCCUGAUUCGUUGGUGUCCGUUCCCACCAAUGAGAACAUGGCAUCUGAAACGGUCAAUAGUGUUCUUCCUGCAGAUUCAGAUGAUGCUGUUUUGAUAUCAAGUCCAAAGGGUCUAGGAACAGAAUCUAAAAUGACUGAGGUUUCCCAAGUAACCAAUACACCCAAGAAACUAGGCAAAGUGAAACCCAAACCUCAGAAAAAGUCAAGAAGUCGUAAAUGUGCCAUAAAUAAGAAGAAUGACGUCCGUCCUGAGCCCUCCCCUUUCAAACUACCCGGAUCGAUCCCGGAGGAUCCUGAAAUUAUAAACUCCAAAGCAGCAGUCAUUACAACCGGGACCACCAUCGUGGGAUCGGUGGUAACUGCUGUUGCUACCUGUAGGCACGACGUGACAAGCUCGACAACUUUGGGCACACCCAAAGAGGCGGAACAACCAGAAGUUGAACAGCCUGUACCGAAAGAAUCGGCUUUUCAUUCAGAUUCAAGAAUCGUCUCCAAUGGGAAAAAACAUUCGCAAGCAACGGAAUCAUCUCCCUCGAGUCUUACUCCUUCAGCCGCCCGUGUACCACUUGUAUCCCAGUCUGGUAUACCUUUAUUACGACCUGCGAAACUUUUGCCAAACUGGCCUCAGAGAACGGAAGAAAGUCGAAUCUUUGUUAGCCCUCCGAGUCAUGUGACAGUGGUAACGUCUACUGUCCCGGUAACAACUUCGCUUGGACCCUCUUCAAUCAAUCCCCCAAUGCCUCCAGAUACAAAGGCCUCUGAUCUCCAUCCAAGUUCCAGUACAUUAAGAAAGAUCCUAAUGGAACCAAAAUAUGUGUCUGCAUCAAACAGCAAUUCCAUUCCCACCACUAUGGUGACAACGACUAUGUCCGAUCAUUUACAGACGCCAGAAAUGGAAAAGACCUCGUUUGCUAUGGGUCCAAGGCACGUGGAAGAUAAAUUGUCGUUACGCCCUCAGUCUAUACAUCACAAAUGUAAACCACCGGCAGAGUCCCCACAAAAAUGUGAGAACGCCCACCAUACUGUCAUUUCUCCCGUUACCUCAGUUAUAAGUCGCAUUCCAAUACCUUACGAUACAGACGAGACACCACGCAUUUCCCUUAGCAGCAGAAGCAUGUGUCCUUCUUUGGCCAAACCAAAAUUCAAAUCAAAUUCCACUGAAAAUCAUCAAUAUCAUGGCCUUGACAUUGCCGAAGAUGAAACCAGAGGACGCUCUGUUGUCGAGAGCACUUCACAUUCUGUUCCCGGUCUUCGAGUAAAUACAUCCGAAGGUGUUGUUGUCCUGAGUUAUUCCGGUCAAAAAACAGAAGGGCCCCACCGAAUGAGAGCCAAAAUAAGUCAAAUUCCGCAAGCCAGUGCCGGGGACAUCGACUUUCAACAGGUUCUUCCGAAAUCUCAGACAAAGCAAGACCCGAUAAUUCCUUUGUCCCAGUUCCCUUGCUCUGAAGCACCCUUAACUCCAUCUUCUUACGGGCACACAGGGGUUCUCCUGACCAGCCAAUCUUAUAACUCUCAACCUGUCAUUUCCAGCACCAAGCAGGAUAGCCGAGAAUGCGAAAAACCUGAAGUUUUAUAUCAUACUGCAUCACAAGGAAGUGUGGUCAAGAUGUAUCAACAGCCAGUCUCAACCCCUCCAGUCUUAAUGUACAACCAAGCUGUGAUACAACAGCAGCAUGGGAAGAGACUGGGAAUGGACGUCAUACCCCCCAAAUCAGUUCAACAGUCUAACCUCAGUCCUAUCAAGAGCCCUCAUCACCCCUCAUUAUCUGGAUCUUGCAUAAGCUCCAAUCCCGGCACGCCGCCCGAUCGCGCUGCUCUGCAACCAAAACCCGACUCCCGGUCCUCACAAACGGCCGUUCUCUCCCCUUCGCGUCUUGUCAAAGCGAGUCCCACUAGCAAUUCGCCCGUAGCAACCUCAGUGGUCAUGCCUCACGGCUUGUCCUCCAGAUCAAAUUUCAAUGCCGCUAUGCAUCACCCGCAUUCGGAACAGUCUUCGGUCAUCAUCCAACCUCAGUCGAUGACGCACGAAGCAAGGAUGAACGCUUCACCGAUGUCUACGAUCAGCUAUGGAAGGCGAAGUAGCUCUCUGUCUUCUCCUCUGCCGGGGCCGGUACAACACUUGGGCAUCAUCAGGCAGUCUCAUUCAACUAGCCAGUCCAGUGGUGGUUCCGUCAGCAGUGCAACUGACGAGGAGCACAGACCUUUCAACCAAGCCCUGAGUAGAUCGUCUUUACCGCAGCUUCAAUCAGAUGUCAUGUUGCUUCACAACGAUCGCGGAGGGCUCCAUACAAAUCUGGACCAGUACAGAGGCGUGCAUCAGAGCGUGCUCUCGCAUCAACAGUUGGGAGAGCAAGCCACCGGGGAAACGAGAUUGACCCACAACUCGGAGAACGGAACGGCUAGCAUCUCUGUGAGGAAGAACCCUGAACUUUCGGGAAAAGAAUCCUUCAAGGCACUGGAAGGACAGGUGAUCCAUUCACCAAGUAGUGAAAGCAGAAUCAGGGCAGUUCACACAUCCAGCCCUAUCAUGGUGUCUCCUCACCCUCAUGGCAUCCAACUAGCUCAUACUGGAGGUGUGGCCCCAUUUUCAGUCUAUCGCGACUCAAGGGUCUUUCCUCCCCAGUUGAGUGGACAUCCUUCAUCGGGACGCAGGACAUCUUCACAGAUUCCCCCAGAACCUGAACUGGGUCACCUAUGUAAAAUGCCUCAGUCUCUCAAGCCUGAGAGUCCACACCUUCGCCAUUCUACCUCUUCUAACAUCUCUCGAAUACCAAGAGAGGGAGUCUCUCCCUCCUACCAGUCGCCAUUGGGUCUGAAUCACAAGGCUGAUCAGUCCCAACAAAAAUGCCCUCCAGCUUUCUUGACAACACCUCUGCCUGCGGCACCCACGUCAACUUCAUUUCAGCCACGGCCUGAUGCCAAGUCGGAUCAUUCGGGACAGCGCUCCAGUGACAUGGUGCAGCUUUUGACGAAAUAUCCCAUCAUGUGGCAAGGUCUUUUGGCACUGAAGAACGAGCAAGCCGCUGUCCAGCUGCACUUUGUUUCUGGCAACACUUUAUUGGCUCAGUGCUCGCUGCCGCCGCUAGAAGGAGGACCUCUUCUUCGCAUCGUUCAGAGGAUGAGGCUGGAAGUGUCUCAGCUUGACAGUGUGGCGCGACGAAUGACUGUGGAGAAUGAUUACUGCCUACUCCUGGCGCUGCCAUGUGGUCGAGACCAAGAUGAUGUCCUAAAUCAAACGCAAGCCUUGAAAAGUGGCUUCAUUACGUACUUGCAGGCCAAGCAGGCAGCUGGCAUCAUCAAUGUGCCCAAUCCUGGUUCCAAUCAGCCCGCCUACGUGGUGCAGAUUUUCCCACCUUGUGACUUCUCUGAGAGCCAUCUGUCCCGCUUGGCCCCAGACCUUCUAAACAGCAUCUCCACUAUUUCACCUCACCUCAUGAUCGUCAUUGCCUCCGUUUGAUUGAUUGAUUUUUUUCUAAAGCAAAGCCAACACCAGCUGUUUUUUGCAAACUGGAAUUGCCUCAUUUUGUAAUGAAAAUCUCAAUUAAGCAUUUAAAGCAAAGUGUUUUUUUUGGUUCACUUCACCAAGUCCUUAAUUUACUCAAUGGUGUUGAAGUCCAAAAAUGUUACUUUUGAGGUACGGGACUUUUCUAAAAGCAUUUCUGCUUGAAUAUUUCAAUGUUGCCAUGUUUUUGGAGGCUGCGGACUCAGCCUUUUGGAGAUUCUUGAUGCUUUUUUUUUAUUUUUUAUUCCUCUUCAUCAAAUGAUUGUGAUUUUGUUCUUAAGAGAGACGUGAGGAGUCAUUGCACUAUGUAUAAGAAAAAGAAAUGUGAAGUCUGUACAGAUUUGAGUGUAAACUGAUUCAUAUUAGAGUAUAACCCAGACAUCAAGAAUCAUUUUAGUCCGCUGCUUUUGCUCCGUGCUCCAAGUUGAGAGUUGUACAGUUUACAGUCUUAAUUUAGUUUGCAGCAUCCCUUGUGGGCCAUUGUGCAACUGUAAAUAUGAUACAUAGUUCAAGACUGAUGCAAUGUGGAGAGACCAAGUGAAUUUAUUAUUAUUAUUUUACAGAUGGAUCCUCAAAUGUUUUCAGUCUUCUUCCAACAUUUGACAAAAAGGGUGUCAUUUUUUUUUUUAUUUCUGUGCCAAAAUUUUGUGCUUUACAUUCAACAAAAGAAGAAGUAAUCAUAAUCUAUUUUAAUAUAUAACUUUGUAUUUGUAUUCCUUUUUGUGGAUAAAUGUUGGGAAUUUUCUUUCAACUUGAGUUUUUUGGUGCGCUGCUGAUUUGGUCCCUUAACUGCCCCAAGCUGACAGAUGUGCAACGAAUGUGACUUGAACUUGCCAUCAUGCCGCUAUUGGAUGUGUUUCUUGUCUGUCCCCUGUGGAUUUGUCUUUCGAAAGCAAAGCUGUAAAUAAUUCCAUGUGUCCUCCGUGUCCGCUCAUAUUUCUCCGUGUAGUCGUCGUCUGAGGAAAGGGACUCUUGUGUGAAACCGAUGCUGAAAGUAAAUCACGCUUGUCAGUCUUGUUUGAUGACUGCAAGCUCAAUACUGUCAUUGUUAUGUUGAAGGCACUUACCAUGUUUUGAUAAAAUAGAAGAAGAAAAAAAACAGUGAUUGAUACAAAACUGUCUUAAUUUGGGUGUAUUUUGCUGCUCCUCCAUGAGGACAUUUUUAACUGUAAAAUAAUUUGGUUGUUUAACUUCUGAAGAUCAUUAAAUGGUCCAUGACUCUGAA